AUGGCUGCUCCAGCACCCUCACCUAUGCCAACGGGACUGCCCGAUAUACCGAUCCCGCCGGGCAUGACCGUCCCGGAGUUCGAGGCGCUUCAGAGGAAUCUAUUCGCAAUAUCGGCAACCACAGUGGUAGCGUUCUCGAUCAUAUGCUGGGACUACCUCAUGCUCCUGCCGGAUGAGAUCCGCCUUUACAGGAAAGGCGGCGAAGAGCUGUGGGUAACUCCGAUCACCUAUGCGUUCAUCGUCUUGCGAUACUCCGUCUUUGUGGCAUUCCUUCCCUCCUUAUGGUUCACCACCUUGCAAACGCAGUUCUGCCAGCUGAGCGUCAACAUAUCCGAAGGCGGCCUCAUCCUCAUAGCCGCCUCCUCGGGGAUCAUCUUCGCCAGCCGCGCUAUCGCUAUAUGGGGCGGAAACAAGUGGAUUGCUAUAUCCGUCGGGGUUCUGUACGUUGGGAUGACAGCGUGUUGGAUCGUGUCCGCUCUACAGAACCAUAGCGUCGCCGGACCUCCGACCCCCCUAUUCACCAACUGCAUGUUUAAGCCGCUCCCCUCGUGGGCGUCGAUCUGCUACGGCGCCUCGGUCGUGUACGAUCUCGCCGUCUUUAUCUUGUCGCUCGUCAAGCUGAAGAGCCGCGGGUUGCGCGAGUCUGCCGUGAGCCAGAAGGUUUACAAAGACAGCCUUGUGUACGUUGCGGCGGCAGCGGCGAUGAACAUCACCGUGCUGGUUAUUGAAGCCCUUCCCGAGAGCUUCAACCUCAUCAAGCCUACCGUUGUGCCAUUCUCGGCGGUGGUGACGGUGAGCGUCUCGUUGAUUGCCGUCGACAGCAUAUUCCUUCUGACCUCGUCUUUAGGCGACGAUGUCGCAGCGCGUGUAUCUCAACCUGAAGUUGUACAGCGCACACUCGCAGCCUCCGUUGCCGACCAGCCUUCCGGCUAG